AUGGAAUUUGAUCUUUCACACUUCCUGAAGGGAAUUCAGCUUCAGCACGGUCUGCGCGGAGAGGACUACGCACGUUACCGCCGCUACACGACAAACCGACUUUCGACAUUGCGUCACCAACUUGGUCUUCUCCAUGACCCUAAAAGGUUUAAGCAGAAGGAAAUCACGCCACAGAACGCAACACGGCCGGAGCAUCUUCAGUUACUUGUUCUUUACGCCGAACGCUGUUGGGCGGCAGCGGAGGAAAUGCAGGAAAAGCGUCGUAAUGUGGGAGGCGGCGGUGAGAAUAAGCCGCCCGGUGGUAUUCCACCGAGUGAUCAAUUUCGGAAAAGACUUAAUAAAUCUGUCAAGUGGGCCUCAAAGCUGCACGAAGUUGCACGAAUUGUGGCGCGCCCGCGGCUGAAGCAAGAGGCAGAAGCAUAUGCUUUGGAAGUGAAGGGUCGUGCUGCAGCUGCACAUGGUGCAAUGGUGGAAGCAAAAAAGUUUUUUUCUAUGGCUCGUGAACACUAUUAUGCAUUGCGUAAGAGCAGCACGCCUGAGCAGUGGAUGCUUCUUCUUACCAAAGUAAAUGAGCUGGAUGAUCGCGUGGUGUAUUGUAUGCUGCGUCUGGGUGAAGAUGCUUCCAAAUACAAGCCUCACGUCGAUCUUGAGGAUACGACGGAGCGGUUGGCUGCCACAACGAUUGAAUGGAAUGGACGCCAAUUAAAUGUCGCUUCUAUCAAGGUGAAGGACGCACUACGUGAGGUACGAACUCUUAAUGUCGAGUCGGUAAAGACGAAGGCACUGGAGUUGGGUGGUCCCAUUCCUUUGGGACAACAGAACAAAGUGCUGGAUCUGAUGGAUCGACGUAUUGGCUGCCUUAAUGAUGCAUUAGCCCAUGCACGCCAAGACCUACGUACACUGUCGGAUGAUAGACAGAAGACUGAGCUGCAACUCCUUGUGCAUUACCUGCUUUUCCAUGUAUCUCAGGAGACGUUGCACCGCACCCUCUUUAUGGUGGAAGUCUACAUCCGUCGUUUCUGUGCCACCGAAAAAUCUCUUUCGGGGGGAAGCAGUAGCAGCAGUGGCAACAAUAAAAUCAACACCCACAUUUAUAGCUCUGGUUUUAAGAACAAGAAGGAGAUAACUCCCUCGCAGUACGCUUCACCGCUGGAGAUUGUUCGAUUGUACGAUACUGCGCUGGAGACUCUGGGUGAGAUGGAGCUGCUGCCGGGUGUUGCAGGUCGUGCGGACUUGGAGGAGCUGACUGCGCUCUGUCGCGCUGGAAAGCUGCUUUACUUGGGAGAGGGCUGGCGCAUCUCACGGGAACCGACGCGUGCACAAAACUGCUACAAAGCCUCCCUCUCCACCCUUGAAGGGGUGCCAUCGACACCGCGGGUGGAGAAGCUUCGUCUGGUGGUGGAGAAACGCUCUUUGCAGUUGGCGUCGUCGACACUUCUCACCACCUUACAAUCCGGUGUGGCCGCUAGGAGGGCUGAGGAAGAGAAGGAGAAGUCGACGCAGUACCUUGUCGACGCCGGCGAUCAAGUGGCUGUCGCCCAGAACAUCAUUAAAUUCCCACCAGACUAUCAAGCCGUGCCUUGUAAACCCGUAUUUGUGGAUAUUGCGCUGACGUACGUCGAAUAUCCGACCCAUGACAUUUCCUCCCGUACGAAGCCACGGGACGAGCAACCGAAACACUCUGACUCCGCCGGAGCGAAGGAAGAGAAGCGCUGGAAGUGGGGCUGGGGAUGGCGCAAGUGA